CGCCGCACGAACCCAACCAGAAACAGUCAAGACUCGUCGCCGGCGGUGAGAAAUUCGCCGAUCAGCUCAGCUCUUCUAUAAACCAUAUCAUAAAAGAGAAUAUUUUGCCAAUCAAGAAAGAAGAAAAAGUAUUAGAAGCCAUGUUUACAGCUAGUGCAUCCAGCCUAAGAUCAGGGCUUCGUCGUGAGAUUCAAAGGCACAUCAGUAAAACAUCGAGCGUCCCAAACAGCGACGCUUUCGUUCCCAGAAAAUCGUCGAAUACACGCAAGGAUUCGGACGCAGAUAAAUGGUCCAGACUGAACAGGCACAAUAACAAGAGAGCCUUAUCAACACUUCAAGCCAAAAUCGUACCGCAAGCUACAACCGUAAAUGUAGGCUCAAAGGAAGAAAGUCGCGAAUUUAUGGCCGUUUUUCCGGAUAUUGUCCGUGAUCUUACCGACGCCGGAAGACACACGGACAUUCCGGAAGUUACCAAAUGGUAUGCUAAAGUAUUACAGCAUAACGUACCAAAUGGUAAGAAAAAUCGUGGAUUAGCUGUUGUUGCUGCUUAUAAAAUGCUCGAAGAUGCAGCCAAUCUAACUCCUGAGAAUGUUCGGUUGGCUAACAUUUUAGGAUGGUGUGUUGAAAUGUUUCAGUCAUUCCUCGUCAUAACAGAUGAUCUAAUUGAUUCAAACGAAAACCGUCGUGGCGAUAUUUGUUGGUACCGAAAUGAAGAUAUAGGUUUAAAAGCAACUAAUGACAGUUUCCUCAUUGAGAACGGAAUCUUCGUUUUGCUCAAGAAACAUUUCUCUCAAUUACCCUGUUACCUUCCGAUGUUAGAACUUUUCCACGAAGCAGCUUUAAAAUCCGCGAUGGGACAAACGUUAGAUUUCUUUGCGAAGAGAGGUGGUGUUCCAAAUUUGGACGCGUUUACGAUGAGUCGUUACGAUGCCAUCGUCAAGUACAGACAUUCGUAUCAUUCGUUUUAUCUUCCCGUGGCAUUGGCGAUGUUUUUGUCGUCACGUUUCGAUCCAGAAAUGCAUAGACAGGCGAGGACCAUAUUAUUGGAAAUGGGACAUUUCUUCCAAGUUCAGGAGGACUUUUUGAAUUGUUUUGGAGAUCCGGUGAUGACUGGAAAGAAAGGCACCGAUAUCAAAGAGGGAAGGUGUACUUGGUUGUCUGUAGUUGCAUUACAAAGAGCAUCUCCGGUACAAAAACAAGUAUUCGAGGCGCAUUAUGGUCGUCCAGAACCGGAGUCCACAUCUAUAAUUAAGAAUUUAUAUGAAGAAUUAAGUCUUCCUAUUACUUAUUCGAUUUACGAAGAGGAAAGUUUUAAAUUGAUUAAAACUCAUAUUCAUCAGAUAUCUAAGGGAUUACCUCACGAGAUAUUUUUGGAUUUUAUGGAGAAAUUGUUCAGGAGGGAGUGUUAAAUUUUAAGAUUUGAGAGAAUGUGAUUUUAUUUUAUUAAUAAAUAAUUAUACUAUUUGAGUGCUGUGGGACUGGAUAAUUUGUUGAAAUUUAUCUGGUAUUUUUAUUACUGAUUAAUUAUAGUUUUUUAUAUUGCUACUACUGGGUAGUGGGAUAUAAUUGAUGAUAUUUUUGUUUUCCUUUUAGGCUAUGAUUAUAUUUAGUUUUUAUUAACUUGCAUUUAAAACGUCCAAGAUAGCCUGUAUCAUUAUCAUGUAAGAGUAUUACAUUUAUACGAAAUAUUAUAAAAGUUUUAAUAAUAAACGAUUAACAAUAAUAUUAUUACAUA